CAAAUCAGACACAUUUCAUGCAUGUUUUCGAGGCACACACACACGCAUACACACACACUGGUGAGUAAUCUGAGUGUCAACAAAGACAGCGAGAUAAACGUAACCACUGACAAGCAGAUUACUCUCCGUCCGAUCUGUGGAUUAGUUCCUUGUGCAUGAUGCUAGGCGAGAUGGAGAGGUUGAGCACCUCAUUUCUGCAACAGAAGGCUCUUAUUCUGCAACACUUAUAAAUCACAGAUAAGAUAUUGGUCUAAACAGCCUCUCCUUCUUUCUCUGCCCUUAUAACCCCAGUCAUGAAUAAGUUGUUUAAAUAUUUUGUGGAUUAAAUAACUGUUUUGCUCAUAUAGCAGGAAAAAAAAAUUAAGUGAAACCAAGAUACUUAGAAAAACUUUUAAUGGAUAACUCAAGUGGACAAGCAGGCAUCGAGGUUUGCCCACCGAAUGGAGACACCAGGGCUCAUGGCAGGUUCUCCUUCUCUACUUGGCGUUCCUCAUCUCUGUCCUCUGCACAAGGAGCUGGACCUGGAGGUGGAGGGGAUCUGAGUCGGAGACUACUGAGUCUUGUUCGUAGUUACCAGGAGAGAGCUGCUUCUACAGCCGACGUUAACUCCAAACCCACUGAAGUGACUGUCGUGGGUGACGAGAUGACCAUGACUGUCCUGCCUGCAGGGACCCCGUUGCCUGAUAAUAUGGAGGAGUGUGAAUCCAGUGACCAGUCCACUUACCUCCAGAAGCAGCUGAGCUCCAUGUUACAACCCGGAGUCAACAAGCAUUCCUUGCGCAUGUUUGGUAGCACCCAAGGAGUCGCAGCCGAGCAGCAGAGAGUCCGUUCUUUUGGAGUCUGGAUUAUACAUCCAUACAGUGACUUUAGGUUCUACUGGGACUUGGUGAUGCUCUUUUUGAUGAUGAGCAAUCUGGUCAUCCUGCCAUGGUGCAUCACUUUCUUUGAGGAUCAAAACACAUUGCCAUGGAUUAUGUUCAACAUGGCCUCAGAUACGCUGUUUCUGACUGACCUAGUCCUCAACUUCCGCACAGGACUCCUAGAGGAUGAUAACUCUAAUAUUAUUCUAGACCCAAAGGUGAUUCGACGGAGAUACCUGCAGGGCUGGUUCCUUGUGGAUUUCAUCUCUUCCAUCCCGGUGGAUUAUAUUUUCCUUGCUGUGGACCUGGAGGCUCGGCUUGAGUCGGCAGAAGUGUAUCGCACUGCUAGAGCAUUGAGAAUUGUCCGUUUCACUAAGAUCCUCAGUCUGCUUAGGCUGCUCCGACUAUCCAGACUUAUCCGCUACAUUCACCAGUGGGAAGAGAUCUUUCACAUGACAUAUGACCUGGCAAGUGCCGUGAUUCGAAUAGUCAACUUGAUUGGGAUGAUGCUUUUACUGUGUCACUGGGAUGGCUGUCUUCAGUUCAUGGUGCCCAUGCUUCAGGAUUUCCCCCAGGACUGCUGGGUUUCCAAAAUCAACAUGGUGAAUGCCACUUGGGAGGAGCAGUACUCAUAUGCUCUCUUCAUGGCCAUGAGCCAUAUGCUGUGUAUUGGAUAUGGUGCCCAAGCUCCUGAGAGAAUGACUGAUGUCUGGCUCACCAUGCUGAGCAUGAUUGUAGGUGCUACUUGUUAUGCCAUGUUCCUGGGACAUGCGACAACCCUGGUGCAGUCAUUGGAUGCCUCCCAUCGCCAGUACCAGGAAAAGUAUAAGCAAGUGGAGCAAUACAUGUCAUUCCAUAAGUUGCCUGCUGAAUUGCGACAAAGAAUCCAUGACUAUUAUGAGCACCGUUUCCAGGGGAAGAUGUUUGACGAGGAUAGCAUUCUGGGAGAACUCAGUGACCCACUUAAAGAGGAUAUUGUGAGCUACAAUUGUCGUGAACUGGUAGCAAACAUGCCACUUUUUGGCAACGGUGAUCCACACUUUGUCACUGUGCUCCUGACUAAGCUGAGGUUCGAGGUCUUCUUGCCAGGUGAUAUCAUUAUACGCGAGGGUACACUGGGCCGCAAAAUGUACUUCAUCCAGCAUGGCUGUGUCACGGUCCUUCCCCAUAACAAGAAAGAAAAGAAGCUCAGUGAUGGCUCCUACUUUGGAGGCGAGUAAUUGCUUUCACUUGUUUCUCUUACAAUCAUAUCGUUCUUUGUAGCUCCUCCAAAGUUUACAUUUUGAACUCUCCUUCUGUCCAUUUUGUCCUCAGAGAUUUGUUUGCUGACCAGCGGGCGUCGUACCGCUACAGUGCAAGCCGAAACAUACUGCAGACUCUAUUCUCUCAGUGUGGACAGCUUUAAUGAGGUGUUGGAAGAGCACCCCAUCAUGAGAAGGGCCUUUGAGAGGGCCGCCAUAGACCACCUUGAACAAGUAGACAACAACACUGCAUAUAACGACACGCCUUCAGGAGCAGACACAAAGGAACACACCACCAAGAAAAAAGACAGUGAUAUCUGAUGAUAUCUUUUUAAUUAUUUCGUUUUGUCAUACACCAUGUUGACUGUCAUUACCAUCACUGGACACCGGGAUA